AUGGUGGCGCCUCUAGCGGGGAGAUAUCUGCCCACGCUGGCAAAAUGGUUGGGUCUUUUCGUGCUGGCGUUGAAUGCGAGGUCGUUACCGUUUAUGUGGCACUUCCGCACAUUCCGCCCAAUCUUCUACAUCCGAGCUCGAUUCUUGCUCUUCCGGCUACGGCAACGACUCCUCUUCCACUCCCGCUCCGAACGGAAGAAGGCAGCGCAGAAAUGGUUACAGGAAUUGUCUCCUAUCGGCGAGGACCCGAUCGCGAAGUGGGUUUCUUGGAGGAGUUUUGCUGGCUUUGAUGACUGUGAUUAUAAUCUCCAUUUGAGCAAUUCAUGCUACCCGAAGAACAUGGAUGCCGCACGUCUGACGGCCGCCAUGGCCUACAACCCUGCCUUCUUCAGAGCUGGCGGAUGGAUGGCACUCGGUGCCACCCACUUCAACUUCAUCCGCGAAAUCCCUAUGUUCUCGAGGUACGAAGUCCGAAUGAGCAUCGUCGCCUGGGACCAGAAAUGGGUCUUCGUCAUCUCCCGCUUCGUCACUUUCCCCAAGAAAAAACCUUCCUCGAAGAAAUUGAAGCCCUCCGCCGCCCAAUUGCAAGCCGAACAGUCCUCCGCAUCUGCCUCUGAGAACGAGCACAUGCCCGCGUUCGCGUCCGUUCAUACGCCAGCUAGCGGUACCGCCACGCCUCUUCCGCCAUCUUCGACCACGGAUUUCAAGUCGACACCAGAGGCGAAUGCGGCGAUGCAGGCUCUUGCGGCUUCGCAGGCUAGUAUGCUUGAGCCGGAUGGUGCGACACUGAACUGUGUUUCCGUUGCUGAGAUGUGUUAUAAGCACGGGCGGAUAACCGUGCCGCCUGGCCUCGUCAUGGCUUGUGAUGGUUUCUCCGUUCCGUCAAAUGUACCAGGCGAGGUAUAUUCCAAGACGAACCCGCCGCCGCAUUGGAAGGAAGUACAGAAGAUAUACGAGGAGGGUGGGAUGAAGGGGAUGGCGAAGUUCCUUAGGGGAGGGUGGAGGGAUGUGCAGCCCGGUGAGGACGGGAAGAGGUGGUUUGAGAGGGCGAUGGGCGGGAGUGUGGAGGAGAGGAGGGCGAGGAAUUUGGCGCUUGUGGAAGGUGUGAAGAAGGGGCUUGAGGGGGCUAGGGAGGCGUCGGGGUCUUAUGAGUUUUGA